UUUAAAUUUAGGCCUACACGCUACUCUUGCACACAUUUAGCGCCUACCAUUGUAUUAUUAAUAUAUAUUUUUAUUUUUAGCAGUGUGACAUCACUGAAGCUAUGGAAAGUCAAUUAGUGCAGUUGAAAUGGAACGAUCAAGAAACAGAUCUAGCAAGGACUUUUCAUAAUUUAUUUACCAAAGAAGCCAUGCUUGACGUCACAUUAGUCUGUGAAGGAAAGACACUGAAAGCUCAUAAAAUACUACUAUCGGCUAGUAGUCCGCUACUAGAAACCCUGUUCCUGGAAAAUCCUAGUCAACACCCAAUUGUAAUUGUACCCGAUACGAAGUAUUCGGAACUUCAAACCCUCAUAGAUUUCAUAUAUAACGGAGAAGUUAGUGUUUCUCGUGAAAUUUUGCCAUCUGUAUUCAGAGCUGCAGCAGCCCUGCAGAUUAAACGUUUUCUAAACAUGGAGGAAGAAUUCAAUAAAAUUGAAAGUGUAGAUUCUUCAGUUGCCCAAAAUGGUAACGACAAAAUUGAUUCGCCCAAAUCUUCGUCAGUUCGAAAGAAAGGAAGAAAACAUCACAGAAAAGAAUCAAAAAAUAUUAUAGAAAUAUCAUCUGGGGAGAGUGAAACCGAAUCUCUAGUGACCAUAGACGAAAUUCCAGCAGAUACAAUUGGUUCUAACAAUGCGAUAGGAUGUGGCUCGGGAGGAAUUCCAUUGCACGUGGAAUACACGUGCUUUUCGAGCCCAUUUAUUGACGAAUCGGAAGACGAAACUGAAGAAUUUGCUUCUCCUUCAAUAAAAGAUAAGUCGAAUGAUUUAAAUAUCACAACGCAUGAAAAAAGGAAAAUUGGAGCGGAUCCAUUAUCCCAAGAGCCUCGUAAGAUGUUGUCAAAUUCUUCAUGGAAAAUUUCCGAAAAUGCUUCAGCAAUCCAAAGUAAUUUAACGAACGAGUCUUGGAAGAAUUUCAUAAAUGAAGAGGGCCAUACAAAUUUAGAAGUCGAACGAAAGAACGAAGCAAGCAUUUCUUCACACGUAAAGCAGAAAACUUCACGCCACAGCAACGAAACGGAGAUCAACGACGGAACCGAAGCUGCGGAACCCAUGGAGUGUUAUCUUUGCAAAAGGAAAUUUAAAUUUCUGUGUCGUUUUCAGGAGCACAUGAAGAUCCACUGCGAGCAGAAACCGUAUCAGUGCGUAAAAUGCCACCACAGUUUCAAGCGCAAAACGGAUUUGGCAAGGCACAUUCGGAUUCACACUAAGCCACUGAGUUGCAAUUUCUGUUUGCAGAAAUUCGCAUUUAGGUGGCAACUAACGAAACACGCUAAGGUACAUUCGCAAGACGGUCCUUUCCAUUGCGAUACGUGCCGAGAGAAGUUUCAGAACGAAACUUCUUUGCAAGACACUACUGAUCGCUGCUUGAAUAAGAAAACUGCUUGCUGCGAAGUGUGCAGCAAGAGUUUCAUCAUCUAGUCCCAAGAACUAAACUUUCUGAUCGUUCUAAUAUUGAAAAAUUCGCAAGUUAAACUUCAGUAUUUUGUGUAGAGCAUUGUAGUGUUAAAAUGUUUAAAUUAAAAACGGCCAUUUUUUCCUGCCACCUGGCAUAAAAUGGCACCCUUCUUGAGUAUUUGAUUAGAAUUAUUUAUUUAUAUAUACCCAGUUCCUACCUGGUUAAAUAUCCAUGAAUUCUAGUCAUUUAGGUAUGUUUUCAUACCUAAUAUGAA